ACACCGAAAAAUAACUAUAAAAAAAAGGAAAAAAAAAAAAAGAAAAACGACCUUUCCAACUUUCGAAAUCCCACACCAUCUGAAUUCUCAUCUCCGAAAUCUGUACUUCACUCCUUCUUCCCCUGUGGCCUCUAGCUUAUCUCCCCUUUCUCUCUCCUCUCCACAUUCAAAACCGUCUGAAAAAAUGGAGGGCAACCAACAACCACCACAACCACAACCGUCACAACCACCAUUACCACAAUCCACCGCAGGUUACCCACCACCCACACCACACGCAGCACAGUACCACCACCUUCUUCAACAACAACAACAACAACUUCAAAUGUUUUGGUCUUACCAACGUCAAGAAAUCGAGAAUGCUAACGAUUUCAAGAACCAUCAACUUCCUUUGGCUCGAAUCAAGAAGAUCAUGAAAGCUGAUGAAGAUGUUCGUAUGAUUUCCGCUGAAGCCCCGAUUCUUUUUGCUAAGGCUUGUGAGCUUUUCAUUCUUGAACUUACGAUUCGUUCAUGGCUUCACGCUGAAGAGAAUAAGCGUAGGACUCUUCAGAAGAAUGAUAUUGCUGCCGCGAUUACUAGAACCGAUAUCUUUGAUUUUCUUGUUGAUAUUGUUCCAAGAGAUGAGAUCAAGGAUGAGGCUGCUGGGUUGGGGAUGAUGGCUCCUACUGGGAUUGUGCCUCCUACUGGGAUUGUGGGACCCAGUGGUGUGGGUCCAACUGCUAGUGGGGUCCCUUAUUAUUAUCCUCCAAUGGGACAACCUGCGCCUGGGGUUAUGAUUGGAAGGCCGGCGGUUGAUCCUACUGGCGCUGCGGGGAUGUAUGCGACUCCGCCUUCCACCGCUUGGCAGAAUGUGUGGCAGGGUGGACAUGCUCCUGGAGAUGAUGGUUCUUAUGGUAGUGCUGCUAGUGCUGGUGGCAAUAGUGCUCAGGGUAAUCUUGAUGCUCAUAGGUUUCUUCAAGAGUUCAAGGACUGGUAACAUGGGCACAAGAUACAGCUGUUGAUUGAAUACUUAGGAACAGUAAAGACUAUAAGUUGACUUGGAUAGCGUUCUAAAAUAGUGGUGACGAUGCAAUUCAAACUCUCCUCAUACUGCUAAUUGAUUCAUUCGCCGAUAUGUCCAUGGGUGGUUGUAGGAUGAUGAAGCUUGCAGAUCUCUGUCGGAUUUUCGCAUGUUUAACAACUCCUAGACCAAAUCCUGGUAUUAGUUAUUUGCAUAUAAACUGCUAAUGUAAUGACUCCAAAUACUGCAAGAAACAUUUGUAUUUGUUCAGAGGCAGACAAACCCUGAAAGGAUAUUAUUCACUCUAUUCAUUAUAUUUGCAGCGCUUUUUUGCAUUA